GGCGGUUUCAAGCUCCCCCGCCCGAGCGCCGCUGCCGGGUUUGCGGCCGCUGCUCCGGGCCGGGGCCGGCGGGGUGGCCGUGGCUAUGGGGCGCUGCGCCGGCCGCGCUCGCUGACGGGCGUGCACAGGCGAACCCGGCCGCAGCAUGUACGCCAAGGGGAAGGGCUCCGCCGUGCCCUCGGACAGCCAGGCCCGGGAGAAGCUGGCGUUGUAUGUGUACGAGUACCUGCUGCACGUGGGAGCCCAGAAAUCUGCACAGACCUUCCUCUCGGAGAUCCGAUGGGAGAAGAACAUCACACUAGGGGAGCCCCCGGGUUUCCUGCACUCCUGGUGGUGUGUGUUCUGGGACCUGUACUGCGCGGCGCCGGACCGCCGGGAGACGUGUGAGCACUCCAGCGAAGCCAAGGCCUUUCACGACUAUAGUGCCGCCGCGGCCCCCAGCCCUGUGAUGGGGAACAUGCCCCCGAACGACGGCAUGCCAGGAGGACCCAUGCCACCCGGUUUCUUUCAGGGACCUCCGGGCUCUCAGCCAUCACCCCACGCACAGCCUCCGCCCCACAACCCUGCCGCCCCCAUGCUGGGGCCCCACAGCCAGCCUUUCAUGUCCCCUCGCUACCCCGGCGGCCCCCGGCCUUCGCUCCGCAUGCCAAACCAGCCGCCUGUGGGGGUCCCGGGUUCCCAGCCGCUGCUGCCCAACACCAUGGACCCCAGCACGAGAUCACAGGGGCAUCCGAAUAUGGGGGGCCCGAUGCAGCGGAUGAACCCCCCGCGAGGCAUGGCGGGGAUGGCUCCUCAGAACUACGGCAGCGGGAUGCGGCCCCCACCCAACUCGCUGGGCGGCCCCGGCAUGCCCACCAUGAACAUGGGCCCAGGAGGGCGAGCGCCGUGGCCAAACCCCAACACCAACUCUAUCGCGUACUCCUCCUCGUCACCCGGGAGCUACGUGGGCCCUCCAGGAGGCGGCGGCCCCCCCGGAACCCCCAUCAUGCCCAGCCCAGGAGACUCCACCAACUCCAGCGAGACCAUGUACACCAUGAUGAACCCUAUCGGGCCCGCUGGGAACCGGCCGAACUUCCCCAUGGGGCCUGGCCCCGAUGGGCCCAUGGGAGGCAUGAACGCCAUGGAGCCCCAUCACAUGAAUGGAUCCUUAGGCUCUGGCGACAUGGACGGGCUGCCAAAGAGCUCGCCGAGUAACAUGGCAGGGCUGAGCAACCCGCCCGGGACUCCGCGGGACGACGGCGAGAUGGGCGGCACCUUCUUAAACCCCUUCCAAAGCGACAGUUACUCGCCCAGCAUGACAAUGAGCGUGUGAUCGGCUCGGACGUCCCGGCGCAGAGAGCCAGACGCCCCCGCGGUUCUAAACUCUAUUUAAAACACCCGCAGGAACUGGCCGCCUGCCCUCCUGCCAGCACCCCCCCGUUUCCCCCUCCACCUGGGGCACAGUCCCCCCCUGCACUCUAUUGGCACACAGCACCCCCUCCCCCCACGCCCUGGCCCUGCCCUCCCCCUGCAUCAGGCAGAGACCUGGGCCCCGCUGGACUGGUGCUGUGGGGUACACGGUGGGGGGGGGCUGCUUGUGCCAGGCAAGAGGCUGUUCCCAGGCAGGCGGGGGGGGUGCUGUGGUGGGAGGGUGGAACCUGCUGACUACUGCGUGGGGGGGGGGGGGGCAGAGCUGUGGCUGCGUCAGGCAG